AUGAUCUUUAGCCAACUACUCCUUAUGAAUCUGAAUGGAAUGCAUAUCUCAAUUGGGAAGAAAGCAAAGGUCGAGGGUCAAUACUUGAAAAUGAAGGAUCAGGAGAUGCAAACUAAGAUUUCCGAUCUAGAUCUGGUUCAUCACCGGCACCCAAUGGUUUUCUUCGGAGAAAGAUCAGAUAUUCGUUUAUUCAGUGCAAAUCCGGAUUCCGGCACCAAGGAUCAACCUCAUUGGCCUCCAGCUAGACUGUUGACUCCAUUUUGCUUUGCAUAUAUAGGAGAGCCACAUUUCAUUUCUCGAACUAGAGGGAAUAGACCUAUUUGCUUGCCGGGACCGGGAUAUGAUCACCUUUGCUUGGUUCAUAGCAGCUGGUGGAUACGGUUUCAUUCUAACCUUUGUUGA